UCGGUUCCUCGGACGGUGGGUGACAGUGAGGGCGGAGCGGUGAUUCAGACCGUGCUGAUAUUCGGGGAGAGAAACAUGACGGUGACGGACAUGGAGGCUGAAUUCACGCUGAGAUGAGCGCGUGUUCCCGCCGCGUCCUGACGAUUUCUCCUCUUCACUGUUUGAGAAAUCCUCCGUCCAUCUUUCUGAUGCCAUCAUGGAGGGUCAUUAUGUCGCCAUCCACGGCCUUAACAUUACCCACAAUCCUCAGUCUCCUCCGGCCAUGUCGAUUGGCCGGCUGUUCCCGGCGCUGCUGGAGUGUUUUGGGAUCAUGCUGUGCGGGUACGUGGCGGGCUGCACUGGCGUGGUGGGCGCCGGGCAGGUGAAGGGUCUGGGCAGUUUCGUGUCCUGCUUCGCUCUUCCUGCCCUGCUGUUUAAAAACAUGGUGCAGCUGCAGUUUGAGGACGUCGUGUGGUCCUUCCUGUGGAGUGUGUUGAUAGCGAAGGUGUGUGUGUUCGUGCUGGUGUGUGUUCUCACGCUGCUGGUGGCUGAUCCGGAGAGCCGCUACAGUAAAGCCGGGCUGUUCUCCAUCUUCACCACCCAGAGUAACGACUUCGCCCUGGGAUAUCCCAUAGUGGAAGCUCUGUACCGCAGUUCUCACCCUGAUUAUGGGCAGUAUCUGUACUUGGUUGCCCCGGUGUCUCUGAUGCUGCUGAACCCGGUGGGCUUUGCCCUGUGUGAGCUUCAGCGCUGGAGGCAGAGCCCUGACCACAGCCUCAGCAAACUGCACAUCAUCUCCACCGUCGUACUGCGGGUUAUUAAGAAUCCCAUAGUCUUCAUGGUGGCGGUUGGGAUUGUCUGUCACUUCCUGUUUGGUGGGCGUGUCCCGGUGCUGAUAGCAGAGUUUGUGGAUGGACUGGCCGACUCGUUCGGAGGGGCGGCGCUCUUUUACCUGGGAUUGACGAUGGUGGGGCAGAUGCAUAAGCUCACCCGCACCACUGGGGUCACCCUCAUAAUGCUCAUCACUGCUAAACUGUUAGUGAUGCCACUGAUGUGUAAGGACAUGUUAGAGCUGCUGGAUGCUGGUAACUCCAGUUCUGCGAAUCACAGCAGCCUUUCUGAUUAUGCCUUCCUCUACGGUGUCUUCCCCACUGCUCCCAGCGUGGCCAUCUACGCCAGCCAGUACAACAUGCAGCUGGAGGUGGUGACCUCUGGGAUGGUCAUCAGCACCCUACUGUCUGCACCCAUCAUGUACCUGUCCGCAUGGUUACUGACCAUUCCCUGGAUGGAGGCCACACACCUGAUCUCAGAGCUGCAGGAGGUCAGCUUUAACAUCAGCAUCAUCAGCCUCAUCGCCUUGGUUUGGACGGUUGCAGUCAUGCUGCUCAGCAAGAAGUUCAGGAGGCUGCCGCAUAUGUUUUCUACAAACCUUUUCCUGGCUCAGCUUUUGGUGUGUGUGUCGAUGAUCUUGUGGAAGUUUGUAGUUCACCAGGACAAUGUGCUGGCGCAGAUCCUCACCUUCACACUGCUUUACGGGUCUCUCUACAGUACUUAUGUGUGGACAGGUCUGCUGGCAUUUGCUCUGGCUUUGCUAAAGAAGGACGAACAGCUCAAAGUCCGACCAGUCAUCUUCAUCCUCCUCGGCUGGGGGCUUCCAUUUCUGAUUGUGGGCGUGUUGCUCAUGGUUAGUGAGAGACUGAGUGACACCACAGACUCCGCCUUCUUCUAUGGAAAGUGGCAAAUGGUGAGCAGUCUGGCGGUGCUGAGCUGCAGUAUAGUGCUGGGGGGCGUGUCCCUGCUGGGGCUGAGUCAGGGUUCACAGGAGGAGCAGAGUUACCAGGCUCUGGAGCAGGGCUCGGUGACGGGCACCACAGAGGACGUGAGGAGCCCCCUUCAGCCAGAGCAUCAGACCUCAGCUGAGAGGAGAACAUCUCACGCCAGUCUGCAUAGAGAUCAUAGUGAGCCCAUGCCUGAUAUGAUAGCUGACCAUCUGAAUGACUCACCAGCACCACCCCCAGGCAAGAAAUCACAAGAGCUGUUAUUAUUCAGAAAUGUUGUGCUGCAGGAACUGGCACUGUGUGUGUGUUUGUGUGAGUGUUGUAUGCAGUGUUAUAUAUGCUGUUUCGGGGUGUGUGUGUGUGUGUGUGUGGUGAAUGUGUUAUCUCCGUUAUCUCCUGCAGGUGCUGCGCUGUGUGAAGCAGCGAGCUGUGUGCGGGUGCAGGAGGAGAGGCAGGUGGCUCGACAUGUACUGCUCUGCCUGCUGCUCAUCGUCAGCCUGCUAGCAAACCUGUCCAGCUGUCUCUGGUGGCUUUUAAACACAGAUCCUGGACGUCUUUACCUUGAGCUGCAGUUCUUCUGUGCCGUGGCCAAUUAUGGACAGGGUUUCAUUUCGUUCGGGAUAUUUGGUUUGGAUGAGCAUCUAAUCAUCUUACCGUUCAAAAAGAGGCUGGCAGCACUAUGGGGGGGAGGUCAGGAAGAGAACGGUGGUCCAGCUGCCGUUCCUGAAGAGAUUCGACUGACCUGCACACAAUUCGUCCGCUACCACAAAAACCAGUGUGUGCAGGACAUCGUACACAAGAGGAGUGGAUCAUCUGAGUCUCUCUCAGGACCAGUGGGUGAAUCCUUGCUCUAAUCGACAGGUGCACUGGUCAAUUCCUGGGCAGCAAGCUGCUGGAUUGGCUGCUGUUGGUGGGUGUGGUGAAAAAGACAGUGGUGUGGCCCUGCACUUACAGGACUCAUCCAGCAUCUAAAGCCUC